AUGCAUAUACGACUCCUGGGGACCUUCGAGGCCGUUGCGUCUUAUGGCCACGCGGAGACUGCGGUUAAGCAGUUAUUUCGCUCACAGCGGCAGCAGCAGCAUGCAAGCAAGCGAAGUGCCCACGUCAGGGCGCUGAUGAUUACAGAUGCAUCAAGCCUUCGUGGCCUUCCUCAUCGCCGCCGAAACUUCUUCCCACAAACGACAUCCACACCACCGCUUUCACGGCAACGACAGCAUCAUCUACAAGCAGUCGGCAGUCUGCUGAUACUUCUUCGCGAGAUCCUCGAUUUGAUGCUCGAGGUAGCAAUUUUCCGCCCCUCCUUAGGCCGCCGCAGCUUCAUUUCGGAUGCCCGCCGCAGACACAAGACUCUACACCCUCCACGCCAACAACACGAUGAUCAUACAAGGCAGAGGAGGCCUGAAAAGGCGACUUGGUCAUUGAAGAGACUGCUCAGUCCUUUUGCAGCACCAGCAGGAAGCUGCGACAUCGAUCGCGGCGGCGGACAGAGCUCCGAAGGCAUCUCCGCAGCCAUGACACGACCAGCGACACCACCACAGCGAUCAACGAAUGCUCUCGUGGGUCUAACAUGCAACCGCGAUACCGUCGUCAUCUCUACCUCCCCGCUACCACGGCGAGCCAACCAGCAAAUACACCCCGCCUAUCGAUCGCAACAUCAGCUUGCGACUGAGUCUUCAUCGCACCAACAGCAGUUUACGACGCUGAUAUCGAUAUCGACGGUUGGGCAAACCGCAGCGCCUCGAGCGGAGAGUCUGCCUCUCCGACGGACUACCGAUGACACGGCGGGAAGCUCGCUUUCAAUGUACACCCCUCACUUGGGAUCACGGUCGACCUUUACCACGAUACGGUGGUAA